AUGGGCGCGCUCACGGUAUUUCGGGCAAUGUUCUUCCAGCCCUCGUGCACCGCCCAACCCGGCGAGGUUCCAUGGGCCGAGUUCCUACGUGCCAUGCAGAGCAUAGGGUUUGCAUGCGAAAAGCUAUAUGGCUCGGUAUGGCAAUUUACGCCCUCAACUCUCAAGGUUCGUGGUGGCAUCCAGUUCCACGAGCCGCAUCCGAUCGGGAAAAUUCCAUUCCGAAUUGCGCGCAGUAUGGGACGUCGAUUGACAUGGGCCUACGGCUGGGAAGGGGACGACUUUUGUUUAGAGAGUGUUUAG